AUGGAACUAAAAGGAUUAAUACUACUGUCGGUUUUGUGCACAACGGUGUUUAGUGAAGACUGCGUUACGUAUUCCUUUGAGGAUGAUUUUGAGAAUUUGUUCUCGAACGAGAUCGGCUUAUGCAACGGAAUGAGGUGGUGGAAUUUGGGGAGGUACUCCGAAAUACCCGUGGAGAGUCCAGACGCCCGCAGUACAAAGUUUAUCGCUCCAGACUUCAUCAUGAGUUGCGUGUCUUCGUUCACCUUUCCGGUGACCGCUGGUGGUAUUGUUGAAGUGAAUUUGUACAUGGCCCCGAUAUCGCAGAGCGAUCAGGUGUCAAUCUUCGUCCACGAAGUGGUGCCGGGUGGCAUAAAUGCCUCCGUCGGUAACACGGGAAUCUCAGCGAUGAAUUCACCAUUUGAAAGUGGGUGGCACGUAUUGAAUGUCACUCUGACGGGAUCCGGAACUUUUGAUGGCUAUGUAAGUUUACCU